AUGACUAAGCUUUACUAUCUGACAUGUGAAGGUGGGACAUGCUGUUUUUCUGCUCAGCUCCUUGAGGCUUGUAAUGAAUCUGAAGAAGCAGAACUGAUCUGCAAAGGGGAGCCUGAUAAUGACUGGGAUCCUGAAGCAUCUUUGGAACACCGAUACAGCAGCAAUGGAGAGACUGGAGAGAAUGGCAAACUUCGAGAAUUCUGGGUUCUCCUUGACCAGUAUAAUCAGCAGCAGGCUGAGGGAGGUGAUUCUGCCCCUCUCCUCAGCCCUGGGGAGGCCUCAUCUCGAGCGCUGUGUCCAGUUCUGGGCUCCCAGUACAAGACAAACAUGGAGCUACUAGAGAGAGUCCAACGUAGGGCUACAAAAAUGAUCAGAGGGCUGGAGCACCUGCCCUAUGAGGAACGGCUGCGAGAGCUGGGCCUCUUCAGCCUGGGGAAGAGAAGACUGAGGGGGGAUCUGAUCAAUGUGUACAAGUACCUGAAGGGAGGGUGUCAAGGGGAUGGGGCCAAACUCUUUUCAGUUGUCCCGUGUGACAGGACAAGAGGCAAUGGGCAGAAAUCAAAGCACAGGAAGUUCCACCUGAAUGUGAGGGGGAAUUUCUUUACUGUAGUGACGGAGCACUGGACCAGGUUGCCCAGAGAGGUUGUGGAGUCUCCUUCUCUGGAGAUCUUCAAGGCCUGCCUGGAUGCAACCCUGUCCAACAUGCUGUAG